AUGGUGGCCGUCCAUUCGUGGUCGGGCCGGGGACCGUGCUCGAGGGCCUUAACGCAAAUUUCACAACUUAUCUUCCAGUUCCUGGUGGCUAGAAAUCUUUCUCUUGACAUGAGUUUUGUUCCCUCCAACUCGAAUCAGGCGGAUUGGUUUUGUAGGAGGUUGUCCCCCUCAGAUGCUAUGCUUUUGCCAACAUCUUGGGAUCUUGUCCAGCGCCAUUUUGGGGGCGUUAACGGCCAUAAUCUUGAUCUCAUGUCGCUGGACUCUAAUGUUCAAUGUGAUGGGAAAGGGAACCCGUUGAGGCAUUUUACCCCUUAUCCUACUCCUAGCUCGUCUGGGGUUAAUGUUUUUAAUCAAGACCUGUCCGUGUGCAAUGGCAACCAUGUAAACGCUUAUGUUUUUCCUCCUUUUUCGUUGAUUGGCCCUUUGCUGCGCCUUUUUGCGUCUGCAAAUGCAGCUGUUACAAUUGUGGUUCCGAAGUUGUCCCCUUUGCCUGGUUGGUGGCCAUUGCUAAUGUGUUCGCUACCCGCAGAGUUUUAGUUGCUAAGAAGGGGUCGGCCGAUGCGCUCCUUUUGCCUUCUCGACAUGGUUUUGUAUCCCGUUUAUGCCCCUAUGACCUCUGGGCGUUUCGAAUUGCACGCUCCUCCUCGCGGACGACCUAACGGGUGAUGUUUUCCUUUCAGUCUUUGCCGAUUGUUCCCAAACUGUUUCAACCGUGUGUGUCUUGUCCAGUUUGCGCCAAACCCAAUGACUGUGAUUUCCGCUUCUGUCAGAGGUGUGGUUAUCAACGUCAGAAGAGAGUUUCCCAGGCUUCUCCUCACCUUAAAGCUCCUGUCAAUUUGUCCGUUAUAAGUGCGCGUAAACAGUGUUCGGUUGCUAGGCAACGCUCUACGCCAUACCAGAAACAGAAGAGUGCCUUGGAGGUUGAGUUUAUGGAUUUCCUCAGAUUUACUUCACAACAGGACAUGUGCACGGCCAUUCCUGAUGAUAUUGUCGAUUUCUUGAUUUGGAAGGACAGUUUUGGUAAAACGGUGGUACAUUGUGAUACGUGUCCGUUCUUUGGAGAGAGAAGUAAUUCGUCCUGUUCGUGCCCUAAACGCUUGGCGUAUGGUUCGGUUGACUCUACCAUUGGGAAACUGAGAGCCAUUUUCAACAAAUAUGGUAGAACUGCCAUUGAUGGCCCCAUUCUCGGGCUCGCUAAUCCUGCAGCUUCCCCUGAGGUCAAGUCCUACUUAUCGGCCAUCAGAGAGGAGCAGUUGGUUGCACGGGUCGUCCCCAAGCAAGCUGAGCCAUUCUUUUUCAGGGAUUUGGUGAUCUUGUCGUCUGAGAUACUUAGGCACAUGAACACUCACCUUCGUUCUCCAUCACAGUUUUUUAUUUUAGCGCGGGAUCAAGCGUUUUUUAAUAUACAGCUCUUUGGCGGUGACAGGGCGGGCGACUUGGGUCGGGUACGAACGCAGGAGAUGCAGCACUUCCCAAACAACCAGGGCUUGUUGUUCAACCACACCUUGAUGAAGUCCCUGCGGGAUGGUGCUUCGAAUCUCUUUGGCCUUAAGCGUCAUGUGGAUCCGACAGUGUGCCCGGUUACCGCCGUGGAGGUUUACGUUAAUCUUUGCGACUUAUUAAAGGUUCCUGUUCGCCGGGGAUUUUUGUUUCGACCUUUGAACCCAUCGGGGGAGGUUCUGCCUGCUCCUUUUGGGUUUGCUGCAACCCAGUCCCGAUUAUCCCUGUACGAUAGCCAGCUCCCGGACUUGGCUAAUUGGAACGUCACUCUGCACGGUUUAAGAAGUGGUUGUGCGAUUUCUCUUGCGCUUGCCGCAACGAAACUUGAUCAGAUCACGGACCACGUGGGCUGGAAAUCAUCGUCCACAGCACUGCACUAUAUGAAACUAAAUCAAGUACUUAGCUCUGGUGGCGCUGCUGACGCCCUAUCUUCGUUGACUUUAGACUUAGCUGACGCUUAUAAGGAAUAUAAUGAUUUGCAGGGUUUUACUAAAGCCUUCACUUAG